GAUCAGAAGUACCGACCGGCUCCCUGAGCACCAGCGCGGUUUGGACUGAGCGAUGAAACGCUGCAGUGAACAACCAUCGGUCACAAACCGACAAUUCUCUGAAGACAGCCGCAUCACCGUUCACUCCAAACCUGGCGUUCCUGCUGCUGGCUUCAGCUCAAAACGUGAGACACCAUUCUCCAGCUGUCAGAAGUGGGAUUGUUUAUUCCAGGGGGGCUGCACGCCCGCCUGCGGUCCAACACAGGUGGGGGGUCACCGAGGAGUCGAAAAGAGGAAAGUCCUGAAGCCCGGAGUCUUCAGAGAGGAACCAGAAAAGGUAGAACUGCUCAGGUGUGAAAGCUCACCUGUGGACCAAACAGACGUUUCCGUGACUUCCCGGUGUCCGGGUCUGUACUGCGGUCGGCUCCUGGUGAACGGGUCUGUGGAGGGCGAGUGUGGGGUCUGUCCUCGAGGGGAACGGGCCAAUCAGGAGAAGGUGUGCGAGCGCUGCGACGAAUCCCCCGAGCUCUACGACUGGCUGUACCUGGGCUUCAUGGCCAUGCUGCCGCUGGUUCUGCACUGGUUCUUCAUCGAGCGAUACUCCGGGAAGAAGAGUUCCAGUGCUCUGCUGCAGCACGUGACGGCGGCGCUGGAGUGCAGCGUCUCCGCCCUGGUCACUUUGCUGCUCACGGAGCCGCUGGGACUUCUGAGCAUCCGGUCCUGUCGGGUCCAAAUGCUGUCGGACUGGUACACCAUGCUGUACAACCCCAGCCCAGACUACGUGCACACGCUGCACUGCACGCAGGAGGCCGUGUACCCGCUCUACACAAUCGUGUUGAUCUACUACGCCUUCUGCCUGGUGAUGAUGAUGCUGCUGCGCCCUCUGCUGGUCAAGAAGAUCGCGUGCGGCCUGGGGAAGUCGGACCGCUUCCGGAGCAUCUACGCGGCGUUGUACUUCUUCCCGAUCCUGGCGGUGCUGCAGGCCGUCGGCGGCGGGCUGCUGUACUACGCCUUUCCCUACAUCAUCCUGGUGCUGUCGCUCGUCACGCUGGCUGUCUACAUGUCGGUCUCUAAAAUCCAGUCCUUCAAAACUCUGGUGGCCAAGAAGAAGCGUCUGGUGGUUCUGUUCAGCCACUGGCUGCUGCACGCCUACGCCAUCAUCUCCAUCUCCCUGCUGGACAAGCUGGAGGUGGCGCUGCCGCUGCUGGCUCUGGUUCCGGGUCCCACCCUCUUCUACAUCGCCACCGCCAAGUUCACCGAGCCCAGCCGGAUCCUGUCUGAGGGCAGCAGCGGGCCCUGAGCGCCGCCCGAUGGGCGGAGCCGCGCUCGCGUCUGCAGAGGUUCUCCCGCCGCUCCCAGCCGAACCUUUGGGUCGGCUUCUGUCUGUCAAUGCUGUAAAUACACGCCUGCCUGUAAAUACCAUAUUUACGCUCACCUUAUCUAUGCUGGGAGGAAUAAAGAAGGUUUCUCAUCCA